GCUGCUGGAGAGAAACGAAACCGAAACCGAAAGCGGGAGAGGGGCGGAAUGCCUGCGAGGCUGGGGAGCAGGGACGCGGGGCGCGGCGACGGGGAGGCUGGGGCGGCAGCCCCACCCCCUGCCCUCCCGCCCGGCGCAGAGCCCAGGUCGGGGCGCCGCGGGCAGCGGGGAGCGCGCGCGGAUCGCGCGGGAGGGCAGCCGGCCGUGGACAUGGACGUGUACCGCACCCCCGCCGCCGCGCUGGACAACCUGGUGGCCCGCAGACUGCAGCCGUCCGCCGAAUUCGUGGGGGCUGCGCGGCGCGCCCUGGGCGCCCUGGGGACCUUCCUGCGGGAGCGCGGGGGCCGCGCCGCUGCCCAGCCUUGGAGGGUGCUGAAAAUCGCCAAGGGAGGCUCCUCUGGCCGGGGCACAGCUCUGAGGGGUGGCUGUGAUUCCGAACUUGUCCUCUUCCUCAACUGCUUCAAGAGCUACGAGGACCAGGGCGUUCGCCGUGCAGAGAUCCUCAACGAGAUGCGGGUCCUGCUAGAAUCCUGGUGGCAGAAACCCAUCCCCGGUCUGAGCUUUGAGUUUCCCGAGCAGGACGCGGCCAGGGUCCUACGGUUCCGACUGGCAUCCACGGACCUCGAAAACUGGAUGGAUGUCAGCCUGGUGCCCGCCUUCGACGCUCUGGGACAGCUCAGUUCCGAUGUCAAACUCAAGCCCCAGAUCUACUCCCGCCUCCUCGACAGCGGCUGCCAGGGGGGCGAGCACGCGGCCUGCUUCGCGGAGCUGCGGAGGAACUUCGUGAACGUUCGCCCGGCCAAGCUGAAGAACCUGAUCCUGCUGGUGAAGCACUGGUUCCGCCAGGUGUGCCAGGGGGAGGUGAGGAGGGAGGAGCUGCCUCCAGCCUAUGCCCUGGAGCUGCUGACCAUCUUCGCCUGGGAGCAGGGCUGUGGGAUGGAGGCCUUCAGCCUGGCCCAAGGCCUCCGCACCGUCCUGGGCCUGAUCUGUCAGUAUCAGCACCUGUGUGUUUUCUGGACCCUCAACUACGGCUUCGAGGACCCUGCGGUCAGGUGGUUCUUGCGGUACCAGCUCGAGAGACCCAGGCCCGUGAUCCUGGACCCGGCUGACCCCACGUGGGACGUGGGGAACGGAGCAGCGUGGCACUGGGAUCUGCUGGCCCGAGAGGCAGAGUCUUGCUAUGAGCACCCGUGUUUUCUGCAGGCGGCGGGGGGCGCUGUGCAGCCCUGGGAGGGGCCCGGCCUUCCACGUCCUGGGUGCUCAGGUUUGGACCACCCCAUCCAGCGAGACUCUGCCCAGAGGGCCCCGGAGGAGAGCAGCAGUCUCGAUGCCGUGGACCCAAGUGCAGGGAGCAGGCAGCCCUCACGCCCAGCUCCCGGCCCCUCAGGGACAGCCAGCACCACCCCCUGUACUCUGGGGACAGCCUUGGAUCUGUCUCGCAUCAGCACCAAGGACCUGGACCGCUUCAUCCAGGACCACCUGAAACCGAACCCCCAGUUCCAGAAGCAGGUCAACAAGGCCAUCGAUGUCAUCUUGCAUUGCCUCUGCGAGAAGCAUUUCUACAGGGCGUCCAGAGUCAGCAAGAUGGUCCAUCCUCUGCAGGGGGGCUCAUUUGGCCGGGGCACAGACCUGAAGAGCUACGGUGAUGCCGAACUCGUCAUCUUCCUCAACUGCUUCGAGGACUACGGGGACCAAAGGGCCCGCCGCCUGGAGAUCCUUGAUGAGAUGCGGGCACAGUUGGAAUCCUGGUGGCAAGACCCAGUCCCCGGCCUGAGCCUCCGUUUUCCUGAGCAGACCAUGCCCGAGGCUUUACAGUUCCAGCUGGUGUCCCGGGCCCCAGGAAGCUGGAUGGACGUGAGCCUGCUGCCUGUCUUCGAUGCCGCGGGGCAGUUCUGUGCGGGCGCCAGACCUGAGCCCCAGAUCUACUCCAGCCUCCUCGACAGCGGCUGCCAGGGGGGCGAGCACGUGGCCUGCUUCGCAGAGCUGAGGAGGAACUUCGUGAACACUCGCCCACCCAAGCUGAAGAACCUGAUCCUGCUCGUGAAGCACUGGUAUUACCAGGUCGCAGCUCGGAACAGAGGACGGCAGCCAGCCUGUGCCUCCCUGCCCCCAGUCUAUGCCCUGGAGCUCCUGACCAUCUUCGCCUGGGAGCAGGGCUGCAGGAACGAUUCUUUCAACACGGCUGAAGGCCUCAAGACGGUCCUAGGGCUCGUCCAGCAGCACCAGCAACUUUGUGUCUACUGGACAGUCAACUACAGCUUUGAGGACCCAGCUAUCAGAACAUACCUUCUUGGCCAGCUUCAGAAACCCAGGCCCCUGCUCCUGGAUCCUGCUGACCCCACCUGGAAUGUGGGCCAGGGCAGCUGGGAGCUGUUGGCCCAGGAAGCAGCAGCUCUGGAGACACAGGCCUGCUUUAGGAAUAGACAGGGGACGUCUGUGCAGCCCUGGGAUGUGAUGCCUGCUCUCCUUUACCAAACACCAGCUGGGGACCUUGACAAGUUCAUCAGUGAGUUUCUCCAGCCCAGCCGCCAGUUCUUGGCUCAGGUGAACAAGGCCGUCAAUGCCAUCUGCUCAUUCCUGAGGGAAAACAGCUUCCGGAAUUCUCCCAUCAAAGUGCUCAAGGUGGUCAAGGGUGGCUCUUUAGCCAAAGGCACAGCUCUGCGAGGCCGCUCAGAUGCUGAUAUAGUGGUGUUCCUCAGCUGCUUCAGCCAGUUCACCGAACAAGGGAACAAGCGGGCUGAGAUCAUCUCAGAGAUCCGAGCCCAGCUGGAGGCAUGUCAGCAGGAGAUGCAGUUCGAGGUGAAGUUCAAGAUCCCCAAGUGGGAGAAUCCCCGCGUUUUGAGCUUCUCUCUGAUGUCCCAGACGAUGCUGGAUCAGAGCGUGGACUUUGACGUGCUGCCAGCCUUUAACGCCUUAGGCCAGCUGAGCUCCGGCAGGAGGCCCACGUCUCAAGUCUACGUCGACCUCAUCCACAGCUACAACAACGCAGGCGAGUACUCCACCUGUUUCACGGAGCUGCAGAGGGACUUCAUCGUCUCUCGCCCCACCAAGCUGAAGAGUCUGAUCCGAUUGGUCAAGCACUGGUACCAGCAGUGCAACAAGAUGCCCAAGGGGAAAGGCUCCCUGCCCCCCCAGCAUGGGCUAGAGCUCCUGACGGUGCAUGCCUGGGAGCAGGGCGGCCGGGACCCCCAGUUCAACAUGGCGCAAGGCUUCCGCACUGUCCUGGAGCUGGUCAGCCGGUACCGUGAGCUCUGUGUCUACUGGACCGUCAACUACGACAACCAGGACAAGACUGUCAGGGACUUCCUGAGCCAGCAGCUUCAGAAGCCCAGGCCCAUCAUCCUGGAUCCAGCUGACCCGACAGGCAACCUGGGCCACAAUGCCCGCUGGGACCUGCUGGCCGAGGAAGCUGUGGCCUGCAUGUCUGCCCUGUGCUGCAUGGGCAGGGACGGCAGCCCCAUCCAGCCAUGGCCAGCGAAGCCCAGCGGCUUUCGCAGAGAUGGCAGUCUUCGUGCCAUUUGUCAGCCACAGGCCAUUGGCAGUGGCCGCCUGGAGGCCUGGGUUCUGGAAGAUUCUAAAGAAUGGAUGCAUACCUGGGAAGACCGGGGCCGGACCCGGGAUGUGGGCUCCAGCAGCCACGGGUGUCGCUUGGGACUUGUCAGCCACCAGCUCUGCAGGAAGAUGCCUUCUGUCUCCCUCCUGGAGCACAGUCGAAAUUACGGCCAGAAGUCUGGCGACAGGGCCAUCGGAAGCGAAUUGUUCACCUCCCACUCCUUGCAGCGCAGGGAAGGAGGGAUGCCCAGUGCUGACCGCCCGCGUCCGGGUCGGCAUCCCCAGCAGAUGCGCUGUGAACUGCGAAUGUCUGUUGGGCGGCCGGCAGGAGCAGCAGGAGCGAUGGGCAUCUGGGGGUCGCAUCUGUACUCCGUGCAGCCGGAGAAGCUGGAGGAGUUGAUUCAGAACUCCCUGAGGCCCUAUGGAGAAUGUCAGAAACAGAUCGAUGACACGGUGAACGCCAUCUGUGCCUUCCUGGAGGAAACCAGGCAGCUCCCCCAAGUGAUAUGUGUGGCUAAAGGUGGCUCCUGUGGCAGGAAAACGGUGUUGAGGGGCAACUCCGAUGGUACGAUUGUCAUCUUUGUGAGUGACCUUGAGCGGUUUCAGGAUCAGAAAAAAAGCCAAGAUGAAAUCCUCAGCAAGAUCUGGCAGGGGCUGAAAACCUGUCAGCUCACAAUGAAGCUGGAGGCCAGAAUGGAGAUCCACAAGCUCCAUGGUAGACUCAUCUUCCAGCUGUCCACAAAAUGGCAGAGCAUCACUUUUGAGGUGCUCCCUGCUUACAACGCUCUGGGCUUAAGUGAGAAGCCCAGCCCCCAGAUCUACCGAGAGCUCAAAAGAGCCCUGGAUAUGACAAAAGCCCUCCCCGGCGAAUUCUCCGUCUGCUUCACAGAACUCCAGCAGAAGUUUUUUCACAACCGUCCCAGAAAACUGACAGAUUUGAUCCUCUUGGUAAAGUACUGGUACCAACAGUGCCAGGCAAAGCUGAAAGAGUCACCCCCGCUGCCCAUGUAUGCUCUGGAGUUGCUGACAGUCUACGCCUGGGAACAGGGGUGCGGAGCAGAAAACUUUGACAUCGUGGAAGGCCUCAGAACUGUCCUGGGGCUAAUCAAACAGCAGGAGCAGCUGUGCGUCUACUGGAUGGUCAACUACAACUUUGAGAAUGAGACGGUCCGGAACAUUCUGCUGAGCCAGCUCCGGUCAUCAAGGCCGGUCAUCUUGGACCCAGCCGACCCGACCAACAACGUGGGCAAAGAUAAGGCGUGCUGGCAAAUGCUGCAGCAGGAAGCUCACAUCUGGUUGUCAUGUCUCAGCCCGAACGAGCCACUUGGGCCGUCGUGGGAUGUUCUGCCAGCGCCACUGUAUGCGACACCGGGCCACCUUCUGGAUAAGUUCAUCAAGGACUUUCUCCAGCCCGACAGAAAUUUCCUGUGCCAGAUUGCGACAGCUGUUGACAUCAUCUGUAGAUUCCUUCAAAAAAAUUGCUUUCCACAUUCAGCUACAAGAGUUCAGAAAACUGUCAAGGGAGGGUCGACCGGCAAAGGCACGGCUCUGAAGACGGGCUCCGAUGCCGACCUCGUGGUGUUCCCAGACUCGCUUAAGAGCUACACCUCCCAAAAAAGUGAGAGGUGCAGUAUCAUCAAGGAAAUCCGUAAACAGCUAGAAGCCUGUCGGCAGGAGAAAAAGCUCCAAGUGAAGUUUGAGAUUUCAAAAUGGAAGGCUCCCAGGGUGCUGAGCUUCUCUCUAAAAUCCAGAGUGCUCAACGAAAGGGUUGACUUUGAUGUGCUGCCUGCAUUUAAUGCGCUAGGUCAGCUGAACUCCGGCUCUACACCCAGCCCCAAGGUCUACGCAGAGCUCAUUGACCUGUAUAAAUCCUCAGACGCCGAGGGGGGAGAAUUUUCCACCUGUUUCACGGAGCUGCAGUGCAACUUCGUGGCCUUCCGACCCAUCAAGCUGAAGGAUUUAAUUCGUCUGGUGAAGCAUUGGUACAAACAGUGUGAAAGGAAACUGAAGCAAAAGGGGUCUCUGCCCCCCAAGUACGCCUUGGAGCUGCUCACCAUCUACGCCUGGGAGCAGGGGAGCGGGGCAGAGAAUUUCGACACCGCCGAGGGAUUCCGGACGGUCCUGGAGUUGGUCACAAAAUACCAGCAGCUCUGUGUCUUCUGGACGGUCAAUUACAACUUUGAGGAUGAGACCGUGAGGAACUUCCUACUGACCCAGAUCCAGAGAACCAGGCCCGUGAUCUUGGACCCGGCUGACCCCACUGGUGACGUAGGUGGAGGGGACCGAUGGUGUUGGCAUCUUCUGGCAAAAGAAGCUACUGAAUGGCUGUCCUCUUUCUGCUUCAAAGAUGGGACUGGAUAUCCUGUACGAUCGUGGAAAGUGCCAACAGCGCAGACUCCAGGAAGUUGCGGAUGUUCUCAUUCAGAAGUCAUAGGAUCCUGGAACCCUAAUGCUAGAAGAAACUUCUAGAGGUCAUCUGGCAGCUGCUUUUCAAAGAACCAGUUCGCUGCGUAGAAUCGCAAUCCCUUGGCAAUCUCCACCACUCCGUCUCUCGCUUCUUCGGCUCCUCUUGAAAUCAAGACCACUAAGUCCUUCAUAGCGUCACCCUGCUGAACUCUUGCUCUGUAAGUGACCUGCGUUAACAAAAAUACCUGCUCUCAUCCAGCUUCGUGGGCGCCAUAUUUCUCUAAGCCACUGUGUUUCAUGGGCGCCAUAUUUCUGUCAACCGUUGUGUGUUUUCCAAGUUGCUCCUUCCUUUUCUUUCAAGCCUUAGCACGGGGAUCUCUCCGUGUUCCCAAAAGGAAGCCCUUCACCGGCCGCUCGGUUCCUAUAAUUCCAUGACCUUGCUCUCAUGCUUCUCCACAUUGCCCGCCUCUUGUCUGUUUCCCUCCACCCCUGCUGCACCUGCUGAAUUGAAGGUCUCCCCAGCCAGUAGUGAGCCAAUGUCUGUUUUAGCCCUUUAAACCCUCCAAAGGCUUGGAUUAUAACUGUUGCCUUACAUAUAUAAUAGCUUAUCGUCUUUUCCUUCUGAGCCUACAUUUCCCCCCAUCCAAGAGUGCCUUCUUGCCAAAUCUAAAGGCUUUAUGCUCUGGCUUUAGCUUCAGAGAUACUUGAAUGUCUAAGCGUUUUAACCUCAUCCAUCCGCUUAAAGUUUUAUUACCACCACAUAUACUAACUGUCAUACAAUAAGGAAUGUAUCUAGUCUUUGUCCCCAGAUCCUGGCACAGAGCUUCAGAACCCCUUGGAAUUAUCUGAUAGGAGAGUCUUUUCCAUUCAUAAGGAGCCCCUUCCAACCAUCCCUGAGUUUAUGCUAACUAGGUUUGGGCCCUUAGGUAACAGCUUCAUGGGAAGGACUGGCCAUGCCCCAGAAAUGCCAGGCAUGUGAUUAGAGGGUUGCAACCCCCAGCCGCGUCCCGCCCCCCCCAACCUCCCAAGAGGAGAGGGGGCUGGAGAUUGAGUUCAAGCACACGGCGAACGAUUUAAUUAAUCGUGGCUCUGUAAUGAAACUUCCAGUCCAGACUCUGGACAACAAGGCUUGGAAAGCUUCCUGGUUGGCGAACAUAUCAGGGUGUGGUGACGGUGCAUCCUGACUCCAUGGGGAAGGGAGUUUCUGCACUUGGGACCCUUCCAGCCCUCACUUCCUGUGGCUGUUCGUCUGUAUCCUUUAUAAUAAGUUGGUGAUUUAAGUCUGGCAUUCCCCCUGAGUCCUGUGAGUCAUUCUAGCAGGUUAUUGAACCUACAGGGGGUCAUGGGAAAGCCCUGAAUUUGUGGCCAAGUCCGACAGGAGUGCGAGUAGUCUGAGGACGCCUCUUGCAGCCUGCAUCUGAGGAGGGGGCGGUCUUGCCGGGACCUUGCCCUCUACCCCAUGGGGUCUGCACCAGCUCCAGGUAACGUCAGAGUUGGAUUGACCUGCAGGACGGUCAUGCCAGUGAGCCGGUGUUGGGAUAUACCACCAUUCUUGUCCCAGGACAAGGGCAAAGGAACGAGCGAUGACCGAGGUUGAAGAAAGAAUGACCGCUGAGUUCCCACCUACGCAGUCUACAGCUAGUUACCAGACCCUUCUAGAUGCCUGAACUUGCACUGGAGACAUAGACAGGAGACCAUAAGACCCUGCUGCAUCCUCACAGAGCUUACGACGUCACUAGAGGUACAUCACCUAAAUCCCUCAAAUAGAGAUGAAGAACCAUUGACAACCUCGGGCUAAGCGGUCGGCAUGGAGUGGAUUAAGGCCUGUAACCAUAAGGCAAGCGACUCACAGAGUCCCAAAGGAAGGAACCACCCUGGUCCUUUUCUGCCAAUGUCUUCUCAGCAUUCAGCAGACAUUUAAGUUCAUUAAGAGCAAAGAGAGCAUUCAUUCGUCACCAUCAAGAAACCGACGGUCAUGGGUCAGCACUGGGAGGAACGAGGGCACCAAGUCUUUUUUCAGAAAUUGGCAACUCACGGGGGCGCCUGGGUGGCUCAGUCGGUGAAGCGUCCGACUUCGACUCAAGUCACGAUCUCGCGGUUCGUGAGUUCGAGCCCUGCGUCAGGGGCUCUGGGAUGACGGCUCGGAGCCUGGAGCCCGCUUCGGAUUCUGUGUCUCCCUCUCUCUCUGCCCCUCCCCCGCUCGUGCUCUGUCUCUCUGUCUCUCUCUCUCUUAAAAAAUAAACAUUAAAAAUUAAAAAAAAAACAA